AUGGCGGCGCUCGGGAGAGGAGCUGGAGCAGAAUGGAGGAACGUAAGUGUGGUGCCGGUGGGAGCUAGGGAGGGGCCCAAGGACAUCAAAAUGACAACACAUGCUGAUGGCCAACCCAGUUCUUUUUUAGAAGAUGGAAAAUUCAGAAGAUCAGCAGUCAUUGAACUUAUAGAAAAAAAAAUUGAUGAUCUUAGAAAAGAGAAGUAAGUUACACACAGUCUGAAUAUUAAUAACUUUACUCAUCUUUUCAAGACCUUAUUCUUUGGAACAACUGCUGGCCUCUCUGGAAUACUGGCAAACUUUCUUUUCAGAUACUGCUUCAGAGUUAACCAUGAGGCGUUGAAGACAUAUGCAUCAUUAACUACGCUUCCGUUCUUAUCCACUAUAGUUACAUACAAACUGUUUGUAACUGAUGCUUUAUAUUCAGGUAAUAUAAGCAAGGAGAGUUGUGUCGUUAGAAGUUCACUAGUUGGCCUGUUAUGUGGUGCCUUAUAUCCCACUGGUUUGGCUUUUUCUAAAAAUGGGCGUCUGGCAGUCAAGUAUCAUACUGUUCCACUGCCUUCAAAAGGAAGGGUUAUACAGCAUUGGAUGCUGCUUUGUCACAGAGAGUUGAAAGUAAUGGCACUUCCUAUAUUCUUUCAAAUAUUCAUUGGAAUACAGACUGGUCUUCGUCACUAUGCAGUAUUUGAAAAUUCUCUCGAGAAGACUGUACAUGAAGAUUAA